CGCAAGUUAGCCGAGAAAUCUGAGAUCGAACUAACAUGAACGAAUUUCACUCGUAGCUUAAACAAAAACAACCGCUCUAUCUUUCUCAAACAAAAAAGUCUACGGUGUUUGAACUUUUGGAGGCCAAAUCAUGCACACCACCUUGCACUUAUACCUUCUCUAACUCAACUUUCACUAUGCAUUUCUCUAUUUUGCUUAACCUAUGACCUCACUCUCUUCCCAAUUUCUUCAAAGGUAAGCAUAAUUCCCUUCCCCAAUUUAGGGUUUUUGAGAAUUUUAAUAGAAUUUUGGGACAUUAGUUUCUGGGCAUGAUUGAAUUGAAUUAGCCUAUUGGUUCAACUUACAUUGUUGUUUUGAAUCUUCAAUUUUUUCAAAUUCUUUUAUUUCUUUUUUCAUGUUAUGGGUAAUGUUGAAAUCCCCAAUUGGCUUGAGGGGUUGCCACUGGCACCUGAAUUUCGACCUACUGACACUGAAUUUUCUGACCCAAUUGCUUAUAUUUCAAAAAUUGAGAAAGAAGCUAGUAACUUUGGGAUAUGCAAGAUUAUCCCACCUUUACCCAAACCUUCAAAAAAAUAUGUUUUUUCUAAUUUGAAUAAGUCCCUCUUGAAGCGUCCUGAAUUGGAUCCAGAUAACAGUUCAUUAGGUGUUGGUAAUUAUUGGAAAACGGGUUCCGGUGAUACUAGUAGUGAUGGGGUAUCAAGGGCUGUGUUUACCACAAGGCAGCAAGAAGUGGGACAGAGUGUGAAAAAAACCAAAGGGACAGUUCAGAAGACACUGUCAUGUGUUCAUAAGCAAGUAUGGCAAAGUGGAGAGGUUUAUACAUUGGAACAGUUUGAAUCUAAAUCGAAGACUUUUGCGAGAAGCGUGUUGGGUGUGGUGAAAGAUGUUUCUCCACUUGUUGUAGAGGCUAUGUUCUGGAAGGCAGCUUCAGAGAAGCCUAUAUAUGUCGAGUAUGCCAAUGACGUGCCAGGGUCUGCUUUUGGAGAAUUCCAGGGUCAAAAUUAUCAUAGUCGUAAUAGGCAACGGAAAAGGACUUAUUAUACGAGUAGCGUAGAUCGUUCUGUUUGUAAACAAACUGAAAUGGGUGGUGUAAAAGAUACCCUAAAUAACAAGUCUUAUGGCGUUUCUACCCCAAGUCAUGAUGACACAUGUUUUGAGACAUCUAAGUCAGCUAUGACUAUGUUAACAUCCACACCAAAUGAGGUGUCGCAGUCUUCUAAGGAAAAGAGUUUAGAUGCCAACACUGAUAUGCAAGGCACUGCUGGUUGGAAGCUUUCCAAUAGUCCUUGGAAUUUGCAAGUUAUUGCUCGGGCUUCAGGAUCACUAACACGAUUCAUGCCGGAUGAUAUCCCUGGUGUUACUUCACCCAUGGUAUACAUUGGUAUGUUGUUCAGUUGGUUUGCCUGGCAUGUAGAGGAUCACGAGCUUCACAGCUUGAAUUUUCUUCACACGGGUUCAUCAAAGACUUGGUAUGCUGUUCCUGGAGAUUAUGCCUUUGAUUUUGAGGAAGUCAUCCGCAAAGAGGGUUACGGUGGUGAUAUUGAUCAAUUUGAUGCUUUGAAACUUUUGGGCGAGAAAACAACUCUUUUAUCACCUGAGGUAGUUGUUGAAUCUGGGAUUCCUUGUUGCAGGUUAGUACAGAACCCUGGUGAAUUUGUCGUGACUUUUCCAAGAGCGUAUCAUGUAGGAUUCAGCCACGGUUUUAACUGUGGGGAAGCUGCUAACUUUGGGACUCCACAAUGGCUUGGCGUAGCUAAAGAAGCUGCUGUGCGCAGAGCUACAAUGAAUCAUCUUCCCAUGCUUUCCCAUCAGCAACUACUUUACUUGCUGACCAUGUCUUUCAUUUCAAGGGUGCCAAGAACACUAUUACCUGGUGUGCGCAGCUCUCGUCUGAGAGACCGUCAGAAAGAAGAAAGAGAGUUUCAAGUAAAACAGGCUUUUAUAGAAGAUAUGCUGCAGGAAAACAAGCUUCUAUCCACUCUUCUUGGAAAAGAAGCUACUGAACAGGUUGUUUUAUGGAAUGCUGAUUUACUACCAGAUUCUGGCAAAUAUCGUCAGUUGCCUGAUUUAGCUUCUACUUCUGGAACCUAUACGGUGGACACGUCAAAUGAUAAUAUUAGUUCUGCAGAUAAGAGUAGCCAUUGUCUUCUUGAUGAGAUGAAUUUGUACAUGGAGAAUCUGACUGAUUUCGAUGUUGGUUGUGAUGAUCUUCCAUGCCACUUUCAAACUGAUUCAGGAGCAUUGGUUUGUGUGGGUUGUGGAAUACUUGGUUUCCCAUUUAUGGCUGUUAUACAACCAACUGAGAAAUUGAUAAUGGAACUUCUUCAUGAUAAUCACCGUCUAGUUGAAGAUUCCUCUCUGAAUUCUGUUGCCUCCCUUCAUGGUGUAGUCUCAAGGGAUCUUUCUGUUUCUGAACUUGCUUCAGCUAAGGAUCCGCUGGAUCAAUCAUUAAACAAGUGCAAUAAAUGUUGGAACAUCUCCAGUAAACUUUUGAAGCCACGGAUUUUCUGCUUGGACCAUGCUGUUCAGGUAGUGGAGAUGUUGCAGAGCAAAGGUGGAGCCAAUGUGCUUAUAAUUUGCCAUUCAGACUAUCCUAAAAUAAAGGCACAUGCCAGGGCAGUUGCAGAAGAGAUACAAAGUGCUUUUGAUUAUAAUGAGGUUCCAAUGGAUAUUGCAUCCCCAGAAAACCUGGCUCUGAUAGAUCUGGCAAUCGAUGGUGAAGAAGUUGAUGAUUGUGAAGACUGGACAUCUAAACUAGGUCUUAACCUUCGGUUUUGUGUCAAUAAUAUAAAUAACUCUCCAAGUAAACAAGUUCCUUUGGCACUGGCAUUAGGGAUGCAAUUCUAUGAUAAGCGUCCUGGUUUGUCUUUAAAUUGGCAUUCAAGGAGAACUCGGUCAAAAAGGUCUAAUCGUUUAGCUCAGACUAAACCUGACAGCAUUCAGAUAAAGAAGGAUGAUCAAUUGCAGGGAAGAGUAGAUGACUCCACUGAUAAAAAGAAGCUAAUUCAAUAUUCAAGAAGGAAGUUCAAGUCAAAGCAAAGUUGCUUCUCCGUAGCAAGCACAGUCCGUGAAUCCCAUGAAAAGUCCAAAAAUGUGUCAGAUGUUUUGAGUGGGAAUCAUGAGAAAUGUGUUUCUAAAGAUGAGCUUGACACAGAUAAUUUCAGGGGUGAUUGUGCAUUGUCACGUAGCUUCGCUUCUGCUGCAAUGUCUCCAUUGCAUCAUGAAAUCCAGAAUGCUGAAGCUCCCACUAUUAUGAGCUUGAACGCUGCUAGCUCACAACUUUCAAAUUCCUUUCCUGAACAUAUUUCAGUGAUUGAAAAAGUUGGGGCAGAGAUUGAGAAUAAAACCAUACAGGAUGAUAUAGAUGGAAAAAUGGAUUCAACAUUUAGUCACUCUAAGGCGCAUUACAAUACCAAUGAUGAUAAAGCAAUAAGUGAGCAUAUUCCAAACGCAGACGUUUGUGAAGUUCCAAGAGAACUUCGUGCUGCUGCAGACUUCCAUAAUACAGUAAGCUUGGAUGCUAAGAUACAGCAAGAACGACAAGUUGGAAAAAGGGGCGAAAAGGAAAUAAUUCAGCCCACUCGUAUUUCAGAAAAACAAAUGUGUGAAUUCACAAGAGGGGAAAAUGCUGAGGUCUUGCAGGAUGAAGUGAUUUUAGAGUCUGCAAAGCAGUUUCAGAUCCAAAAUGAGAAUAGAACUGAUGAGGAAACUGUUUCUAAUUCUGUUGCAAAAGGUGACAAUGGAAGUGUAACUACAUCAGAAUUAGGAUGUUCUGAAGUUUCAGCAGAAACCUGUCCUAAAGAAGACUCCUGUAUUCAAUUUAAUUCAAAUACAGAAGAGGAAAUGGAAAUCCAACCAAUUAAUAAAAUUGAUGAGGAACUUUCUGUAUCAUAUCAGGAAUGUUCUCAAUCUGAGAAAGUGACAUGUGUUGGAGAAAAUGCAAAUGGAAGCGAAGUUCAUCUGUCACAAGAUAAUGGGGAGCUGGGAAGCUGUGAGUUGACUACAGCAGUUCCCAAAUCAAAUGCUGGGAAGAAAAAAAAGAGGAAAAUGAUGGAAGACACGGCAAAGAACCAAUUCGAUUGCGAUGACUUUAUUAGAAGUCCAUGUGAGAGGCUGAGGCCAAGAACUGGGAAGAUUGCCACAGGCAAAAGUGGAGGGCACAUCAGCCAAAACGACGAGGAAAACCCAGUAGCUAAAAGGACACGGAGACCUCCCGAAGCUUCAGUUCCUCGCAAGGAUAAAAAGGUUGUUGUUAAAAGGCCCCACAAGUGUGACCUUGAUGGUUGCCGAAUGAGUUUCACGACCAAAGCUGAGUUACUGAUGCACAAACGUAACCUCUGCCCACAUAAAGGGUGCGGUAAGAAAUUCAGUUCUCACAAAUAUGCUAGGAUUCACCAGCGCGUUCAUGAGGAUGACAGGCCCCUUAAAUGCUCAUGGAAAGGUUGUUCCAUGUCAUUCAAAUGGGCAUGGGCAAGGACAGAGCAUAUGCGAGUUCAUACGGGGGAGAAGCCGUAUCAAUGUAAGGUCGAGGGAUGCGGUCUUUCUUUCAGGUUUGUAUCAGAUUAUAGCAGGCACAGGCGGAAAACAGGGCACUAUGUGAAAUCUUCUGCUUGAAGUAUUCAUUUUGGAUUAUAUAUUUUUUUUUGCCUGUAAAUGUGCAUAUAUGUCAUUAGAUUUUGAAGAAGUGAAGCAAUAGAUGUCUGACCAUAAGCAUUCUAGUUAGCUGUAAAGUUAGGAUAGAAUGGUUGUAGCCUUGUAGGUGUUCAAUAUCCAAUUUAUUUCAAGGUGGUUAGAGUUGACAACAUCAGAAAAUUUUGAUCAUUUGGGGUAUAAGACAGAAGAUCUAGCAACAACAGUCUCUGCAUCAUGUUGGUCGGUCAUAUCUCAUGUUGAUUGCAUGUACUUAAUGGUUCUUUUCUUGAUAGCUAGCCAUUCAUUGUUUUUGCUGUAUAAUAGUAUUAAUUUCAUUUGUUAUUAAGGGAGGUAUAAGAAAGAUGAGAGAGUAAGAAACAAGAGAUGUGCUCUCUCUGCGUCUCAAUGUACUACUUUCUAUGAAUUCCUUCCUCUUGGCUAGUAAAUUCAGUGGUUGAACAUUCUUAAA